CCACAAUUCAACAGCAUCAUCAAUGUUGAACUUCUGGAAGUAGCACGAGUAGGUGAAUACAGAAAAGUGAAAACUCAUUUUUAUUCAACUCAAUAAUCCUGAAAAAUCUCAAUCAACCAAGAGGUAAAAAUAUGGCUUGGGUGACAAGAUUUUUAACUGCGGUGGCGUUUUUGGCAAUCGGUGUAAUUUUCUCGCCGGAAACCUUCGGAUCGAAAUCGGACGGCCAGAAAUCACCGAUGUUUCUCACUGUGUUGAAACUUGCUUACCUCCUCUGCUUCUCCACCGCCUGGGGUGCUGCUCUGUGGGUUACCUUCAUCGGCGGCAUCAUCAUGUUCAAAAAUUUGCCGAGGCAUCAAUUUGGAAACUUGCAAAGCAAGAUGUUUCCAGCCUACUUCUCCAUGGUGGGGGUUUGCUGUGCAGUGGCAGUAGGGUCGUUCGGUUACUUGCAUCCAUGGAAAACUUCGGGAGCUACUGAGAAAUACCAGCUUGGAUUCCUGCUUGCUGCCUUUGCUUUCAAUCUCAGCAAUCUUGUUAUCUUUACGCCUAUGACCAUUGAGAUGAUGAAACAACGACACAAGAUAGAGAGAGAAGCAAAUAUCGGGGAAGAAGUUGGGUGGACAAAAAACAAAGAGGAAGCAAAGAAGAAUCCGAAGCUCGCUGCCAUGAACAAGAAGUUUGGAAUGAUUCACGGAUUGUCUUCUCUUGCUAAUAUCUUUUCGUUCGGUAGCCUUGCUAUCCACUCCUGGUAUUUAGCUGGUAAAAUCGACUUUUAAAUGUAAUUCAUAUCCUUCUUUCGCCCGAAGAUGAUAUGCUUGUGUAAUAAUAUCAAACCGCCCACGAAUCUGUCCCUCUUACGUUUUCUUCAAACUCCAAUACAAUUGCUUCACAUACGAAAUUAUGUACUUGUGGACAAAAUAAUAACAAUAAACACUUUUGAUGUCUGAAACCUUUUGCACCGUGUGUGUAUGUAAGGUAUAACAAGAUUCUCGAGUAUUAUUAAUUUGUUUAAUUAAC